AUGGACAACAAGAAACUACCUGAACCACUAAUCAAAGACUUCACGCGUAUGAUUCUUGAGGGUUUGGUCUCCAUCCACGGCCACGGUUACGUUCAGUGCGAUUUCAAAUCCGACAAUCUCCUUGUAUUCCCUUGCGGUGGAGAUGAUUCAUACGAGUUGAAGAUUUGUGAUUUUGGAGUCUCCUUAGAUGUCGGAGAUAUUCCUGAUUACUGGGACAUCGAUUCUCCUUUUGUAGGCACGGCUAGUUACAUGUCCCCCGAGUCUGUUGAGCACGGGGGUCGCCAAGGAAACCCUAGACCUUUGGUCGUUGGGGUUCUUAGUGCUGGAGAUGUAUACAUGUGA